AUGGAGCUGGAGGCCUGGUAUCGCUGGGGGCUCCUCCUUGCCCUCCUGGCCCCUGGAGCCGCGGGAACUCAAGUGUGCACCGGCACCGACAUGAAGCUACGGUUCCCAGCCAGCCCUGAGACCCAUCUGGACAUGCUUCGCUACCUCUACCAGGGCUGUCAGGUGGUGCAGGGGAACCUGGAACUCACCUACCUGCCUGCCAAUGCCAGUCUCUCCUUCCUGCAGGACAUCCAGGAGGUGCAAGGCUACGUGCUCAUCGCUCACAAUCAGGUGCAGCAGGUCCCGCUGCAGAGGCUGCGCAUUGUGCGAGGCACCCAGCUCUUUGAGGACAGCUUCGCCCUGGCCGUGCUGGACAAUGGUGACCCGCAGGACAAUUCCACCGCCAUCCCAGGGGUCACCCCGGGUGGGCUGCGAGAGCUGCAGCUUCGGAGCCUCACAGGCAGAGGGAGCCCCAGGAGAAGACAAAGUGAUGGACAUCCGGGAAGGGUGUGUUGCAUGAUUGAUGUCUGCCCUACAGAGAUCCUGAAAGGAGGAGUCCUGAUCCAGCGGAACCCACAGCUCUGCUACCAGGACACCAUUCUGUGGCAGGACAUCUUCCACAAGAACAACCGGCUGGCUCUUACCCGCAUAGAUACCAGCCGCGCUCGGACCUGCGCCCCAUGUUCUCCAGCUUGCCAAGCCUCUGGCUGCUGGGGAGAAGGUCCUGAAAAUUGUCAGAGCUUGACACGCACGAUUUGUGCUGGAGGCUGCGCCCGCUGCAAGGGCCAGCUGCCCACGGACUGCUGUCACGAGCAGUGUGCCGCCGGCUGCACAGGCCCCAAACACUCCGACUGUCUGGCCUGCCUGCACUUCAACCACAGCGGCAUCUGCGAGUUGCACUGCCCAGCCCUGGUCACCUAUAACACCGACACAUUUGAGUCCAUGCCCAACCCUGAGGGCCGCUACACCUUUGGUGCCAGCUGUGUGACCACCUGUCCCUAUAACUACUUGUCUACGGAUGUGGGCUCCUGCACCUUGGUCUGCCCCCUGAACAACCAGGAGGUGACAACUGAGGACGGAACCCAGCGGUGUGAGAAGUGCAGCAAGCCCUGUGCCCGAGUGUGCUAUGGUCUGGGUAUGGAGCACCUGCGGGAGGUGAGGGCAGUCACCAGCGCCAACAUCCAAGAGUUUGCCGGCUGCAAGAAGAUCUUUGGGAGCCUGGCCUUUUUGCCUGAGAGCUUUGAAGGGGACCCAGCCUCUGCCACUGCCCCGCUCUCGCUUGAGCAGCUCAGAGUGUUUGGAACCCUGGAAGAGAUUACAGGUUACUUGUACAUUGCUGCAUGGCCAGACAGCCUGCCUGAUCUCAGUGUCUUCCAGAACCUCCGAGUCAUCCGGGGACGAGUUCUGCAUGAUGGCGCCUACUCACUGACCUUGCAAGGCCUGGGCAUCCGCUGGCUGGGGCUGCGCUCAUUGCGGGAACUGGGCAGCGGCCUGGCCCUCAUCCACCGCAACCCCCGGCUUUGCUUUGUGCACACGGUGCCCUGGGAGCAGCUCUUCCGGAACCCACACCAAGCGCUGUUGCAAAGCGGCAAUCGACCAGAAAGCGAGUGCACGGGUGAAGGCCUGGCCUGCUACUCAUUGUGCGCCCACGGUCACUGUUGGGGGCCGGGGCCCACCCAGUGUGUCACCUGCAGCCAGUUCCUUCGAGGCCAGGAGUGUGUGGAGGAAUGCCGAGUACUGCAGGGGCUCCCGAGGGAGUACGUGAGUGACAGGCACUGUCUGCCCUGUCACUCUGAGUGUCAGCCCCAGAAUGGCUCUGUCACCUGCUUUGAAUCGGGGGCCGACCAAUGUGUGGCCUGUGCCCACUACAAGGAUGCUUCCUAUUGCGUGGCUCGCUGUCCCAGCGGGGUGAAGCCUGACCUCUCCUAUAUGCCCGUCUGGAAGUUCCCGGAUGAGGAGGGCACAUGCCAACCGUGCCCCAUCAACUGCACCCACGCCUGCGUGGACCUGGAUGACAAGGGCUGCCCUGCCGAGCAGAGAGCCAGCCCCGUGACAUCCAUCAUCGCCGCUGUGGUGGGCGUUCUGCUCGUUGUGCUCAUGGGGACGGUCCUGGGGAUCUUCAUCAAGCGACGGCGGCAGAAGAUCCGCAAGUACACGAUGCGGAGGCUGCUGCAGGAGACCGAGCUGGUGGAGCCUCUCACACCAAGUGGAGCGAUGCCCAACCAGGCCCAGAUGCGGAUCCUGAAGGAGACGGAGCUGCGGAAGGUGAAGGUGCUUGGCUCAGGAGCCUUCGGCACAGUGUACAAGGGCAUCUGGAUCCCUGAUGGGGAGAAUGUGAAAAUUCCUGUGGCCAUCAAAGUGUUGAGGGAAAACACCUCCCCGAAAGCCAACAAAGAAAUCUUGGACGAAGCGUACGUGAUGGCCGGAGUGGGUUCCCCGUACGUGUCCCGCCUCCUGGGCAUCUGCCUGACAUCCACAGUACAGCUGGUGACACAGCUGAUGCCCUAUGGCUGCCUCCUGGACCAUGUCCGCGAGCACCGUGGGCGCCUGGGCUCCCAGGACUUGCUGAACUGGUGUGUGCAGAUUGCCAAGGGGAUGAGCUACUUGGAGGAGGUGCGGUUGGUGCACAGGGACCUGGCUGCGCGCAACGUGCUGGUCAAGAGCCCCAACCACGUCAAGAUCACAGACUUCGGGCUGGCUCGGCUGCUGGACAUUGACGAGACAGAGUACCAUGCUGAUGGGGGCAAGGUGCCCAUCAAGUGGAUGGCAUUGGAAUCCAUUCUCCGCCGGCGGUUCACCCAUCAGAGUGAUGUGUGGAGCUAUGGGGUGACUGUGUGGGAGCUGAUGACUUUUGGAGCCAAACCUUAUGAUGGGAUUCCAGCCCGGGAGAUCCCUGACCUGUUGGAGAAGGGGGAACGGCUGCCCCAGCCCCCAAUCUGCACCAUUGAUGUCUACAUGAUCAUGGUCAAAUGUUGGAUGAUAGACUCCGAAUGUCGGCCCAGAUUCCGGGAGUUGGUGUCUGAAUUCUCCCGCAUGGCCAGGGAUCCACAGCGCUUUGUGGUCAUCCAGAAUGAGGACUUGGGCUCUGCCAGCCCGCUGGACAGCACUUUCUACCGCUCGCUGCUGGAGGAUGACGACAUGGGGGAUCUGGUGGACGCUGAGGAGUACCUGGUGCCCCAGCAGGGUUUCUUCUGCCCAGACCCUGCCCCGGGCACUGCAAACACAGCCCACCGCAGGCAUCGCAGCUCAUCCACCAGGAGUGGCGGUGGUGAGUUGACACUGGGGCUGGAGCCGAGUGAAGAGGAGCCACCCAGGUCCCCAGCGGCCCCCUCGGAAGGGGCUGGCUCCGACGUGUUUGAUGGUGACUUGGGGAUGGCGGCAGCCAAGGGGCUGCAGAGCCUCCCCCCACAUGACCCCAACCCUCUGCAGCGGUACAGUGAGGACCCCACAGGACCCCUGCCCCCAGAGACGGACGGAUAUGUUCCCCCCCUGACCUGCAGCCCCCAGCCCGAAUAUGUGAACCAGCCUGAGGUCCGGCCGCAGCCCCCUUCCCCACUGGAGGGCCCUCUGUCUCCUGCCCGGCCAGCUGGAGCCACCCUGGAAAGGCCCAAGACUCUCUCCCCUGGGAAGAAUGGGGUCGUCAAAGACGUUUUUGCCUUCGGGGGUGCUGUGGAGAACCCUGAGUACUUGGCCCCCCGGGCAGGGGCUCCCCCUCAGCCCCACUCUCCUCCUGCCUUCAGCCCAGCCUUUGACAACCUCUACUACUGGGACCAGGACCCAGCAGAGCGGGGGUCUCCACCCAGCACCUUUGAAGGGACUCCCACGGCAGAGAACCCUGAGUACCUGGGCCUGGACGUGCCAGUGUGACCCACGAGGU